AAGCGGAAGUGGUUGGUCCGCCAUAAUCAUUCGUGUGGGUCUGUGCUUGUGUGGUUUAGGUUUCUUGCCGGUGCCAAUAAUUAUUUUUAAUUAGUAGUAAGUUAUGCGUAUGAAUCCAGACAUGGACGAUGACGAGAAGGGAAAACUGUUCGUCGGUGGUCUGUCAUGGGAGACAUCACAGGAGAACCUGCAGCGCUACUUCUCUCGGUACGGGGAGGUGAUCGACUGCGUCGUGAUGAAAAACAGCGAGUCUGGCCGCUCCAGGGGAUUCGGAUUCGUGACCUUCGCCGAGCCGUCGCUCGUCAACGUGGUCCUCCAGAAUGGACCCCACCAGCUUGAUGGCAGGACUAUUGACCCGAAGCCGUGCAACCCUCGCACGCUUCAGAAGCCGAAGCGCGGCGGCGGCUACCCCAAGGUCUUCCUUGGCGGUCUGCCGUCUAACAUCACGGAGACCGAUCUUAGGGUCUUCUUCGGCCGCUACGGCAAGGUCAUGGAGGUCGUCAUCAUGUACGAUCAGGAGAAGAAGAAGUCCAGGGGUUUCGGCUUCUUGUCGUUCGAAGAUGAGAUGUCUGUUGAGAGAGUGACUCAGGAGCAUUUCAUCAACCUCAACGGAAAGCAGGUGGAGAUCAAGCGUGCGGAGCCCCGUGACGGCUCCGGCAAGCUCGGCUCCGGAUCCGGCGGCAUGGGCGGCGGCGGCAUGAGCGCACCCGGCGACGCGCCACAGGCGGGCCAAUGGGGCCCCCCGGCCGCGGCCCCCAUCAACAUGAUCCAGGGCCACAACGGCCAGAUGGGUGGCCCCCCGAUCAACAUGCCGAUGGCUGGCCCUAACAUCAUGCAAGGCUACCAAGGCUGGGGCACGUCUCCAGGGCAGACGUCGUACGCGGGUUACGGCGCAGCGGGCGCGGGCGCGGGCCCCGGCAACUACCAAGGCUGGGGCGCGCCCCCGGCGCCCCAGGCCCCGCCUCACGCGCCCGCCUGGCCCGCCACCAACAACUACACGCAGCACACGCAGCCGCCGGCCCAGGGAUACGGCAGCUACGGUUCGUACGUGCCGCUGUCCGAAGGCGGCGAGAUGUAUGGCCGCGGCGGCGCGGGCGGCGGCGCUGCGCAGCCUCCGCUGUCCGCCGCGCUGUCCUCCGCAGCGCUGUCCAAGUCGUCGUCCGCCGACUACUCCACGUACCAGCAGUACCCGCCCGCUUACCAGCAGGACCAGUUGGUCGAUCAGGGCCCACAAGAGUGGCUCCUCCAGAAAGACAAUUAGACAUAAGGGCGGGUUCGGAUGAGGGAAUGUCGCGAAACACUGGCAAUUUCUCACUAUGGACGGUUCGAUUAUGCGACGAUAACACGCGCGCCCAUCAAAAAGCCAUCGCAUCGCACUAGAUAUAAGCUUACCUUAGUUCCAUUCGAUAUCCAUAUCGCCUAACUGUAGCCGUGCGAGAUGACUCAAGCUCUUGUCUCAUCUCAACACUUGUAAAUUGGCAUUUAAAGUACAAAUUAGUAAAAUUUGGAUUUUCUCAUAUUGUUACAGGUUCAUUAAUAGUUAAUUUAAUCGAUAAAAUUAAUAUUAAGAGCUGUACUUUAAGUGUUCCACAAUCAGAGUAUAUCGAGCAUUCUGUUAAAUGUAACCGCAGGUCGUUUUUGACUGUUCGAAAUAAGUUAACGAAACAAUCAUGGGGGCAUCAUGUAAUGCGGCCUCUCGACAGCGAUAUCGCUCUUUAUUUGACUUGAUGAAAUAAAAAUCGUGUAAAUUGCAUUGUCUGGCCUCAUUUCGAUCCUCCAUGAGCUUUCGCGUGCCUAGGGCUCCUCGUACGGCGGGUCGCGCUACGCCGGCGAGUACCACGCGCCCGCGUCGCAGCCGCCAGGUGUGCACCACCCGCACCACGCGCCCAAACACUUCGCCGGCGAGUUUAGCAAGGAGUGGCCGGCCGCGUAACCGCCGCUCGUCCGCCGCUCCCUCACUCACACACCACGCACCAAGCGCUGACCGAGAACGUAUACGAAUGCCGAUUUCUAUUCAAUGACCGAUAAAAAUCGCAUCCACGAUCUCUUCAGCCGUUGAUUCGUAUCCCGCGAGCAUAAUAUACGGUCUCCGCAGCGACAUCCGCGCGACACACCCGGUUUACACGAUCACUUUACGCGAGCGAACGCAAUCGCUGUCGAUAGCGACUGAGUUUACACAAUGCAACCUAAUUUAAUUUAGAAACGACUGCGUUUACGCAUUUUUGAAACCUAUUUAGGCGUAAGUCACCGGUGACUGCAUUGACACAAACCCACACGCGUAAUUAAGGAGUUAAUUUUAAUAAUUAAAAUUAUAUAAAAAGUAAUAGUGUAACGAUGACAAUCAGGCUAUUUAGAUAUUUUGUAACACGUAGCUCGUCGAAUAAUUUUUGUAAGGUUUCUAUCGUCUAGAACUCGCGAACUUGCGUUUAUUUUUGAUCGAACGAAUGACGCCUUUAACUUUGACAUUUGACUAAAGAAGGUUCUUGAUAUUAUCCACUUGGCCCGUUUUCGCGACCGCUCCUCGCUGAGACGUCGAGUCGUGUACACGAGUACACGUUUUUAUAUUAACUUUGCUUUUAUUCUAUUUGGAUGUGGGCUUGAAUGGUUUAUUUUAUUUGGAUAUCUUUUCUUUCGAGAGUUUUAAAAAUGAUUUCUUUUAAUGGUAUAUUGAUGAUGGCGCGAGGGCGACGGCAGUCGCGCGUUUGACAGACUCCAUAAUGAGCCCCGCUUAGGGAAAAUGACCUAAAUAAACAUAAUUAAGUGAAUAACUUGUAUAAAUAUUUGGUAUAUAUAUGGGUAUGUAUGUUUAAUAUUAGAAUUUUGGUUAUUUACCACAACCCUAGGAUUUAGGAAAAUGGUAGGGAUGUAAUGAAAUAAUUAUGUGUUAAUAUUUAACAAAACAUAGUAUGACUGAACGUAUUAUAAUAUUAUAAUUUUUUCCCGUUAUUUCGGAAGGGAACAAUCUGUAUAAAUAUAUUCGUAAUUUUAAUUUGUUUUCUAAUAUGCAUUUUAGUUUUUUAUCGCAAUUUUAAGUUUAUAGUAUGGAAUUUAUACUUUUAAUGAAUUAAAUUAACCUGCCAAAUUGUUAAAACGAGCAAAGGAUAAUGUAUGUUAAGUAAAUGAAGCUCAAGCAUUUAGGAUAUAGUUGGGUGUCGCUCCGCUCCCCUCCCGGGCCCUUGUAUAUAUACUUACUUGUGUGUAAAGCAUAAUUUUAAUCAAUUCUCUCGUCACAUAGUCUUAAAGUUUUAAUUUAUGUGAUCGCCAAAUAUUUUUAAAACUGUAUAGAGCUUCGGAAGGCCGCCGCGGCCGUUAGUGGUAUCAUGCACACAGUGAGUUUAAUUUAAAAUAACAUUAUAGAUUAAAUUAAUCUUCGUCCUUGCAGUAUCGAUCUGUAUAUACCGGGCGUUUGACUGAUUAAAAAUUAAUGAUAUUGCUAAGAGACGAUCUCAGGCCGCCUGCAGGCCUCGUUGUAUAUCGUAGACUACGGUACUGAUAGCGCCGCCCCCGGCGCUCCUUUAAGUUUAGUGCGGCAAUCCAGCGCCGCGUCGAUAAGAUUUGUUAUAAAUGUUUUAAUAAAUAGAUGAAUUGUUGAUUACAUUGAAUGCAUAAUUUGAUUAGAAUAGGGUUAUUUAAGAUCGCUCCAUAAGUAAAGUAUAAUUUAUCUACGAGAAAUAAUGUGAGGUAAGCAAAUUUAUAAGUGACGGGCCCGUCGAGGGGAGCGGGGUCUCAAAUUAACGAUAAAAUAGUUAAAACGCCUUUACAUUGUGAUGUUCAUAGUUAACGCGCAUAUUGGUACAUUUCUUAUAGCUCUAUUUAAUACACUCGACUGAGACACAUUCAGUAAGUAGGAAAUCGAACUCGUACCUUAUAACAGUAAUGAAAUAAUGUAAACUAAUGUCGUUGGUGCCUAUCUGCCCACUAGGUUACGUGUAGCCGCGCGCUUCGUUUACUGUUCCUAUGUUAGUUAGGUUAGUUCUGUGUUCAUUCCCCGCUCACUAACUCACUCCCGCGUCUCGCCUCGUUCGAGCAACGCCCCUACGGUGUUCCUUUGCUAUAUCAACCCCCAACCCCCCCAUCAUUUCGGUUAAUUAUUGUUUACUGUAGAUGUAAUAUACAACCACCGAUAAUACGAUAAAAUUGUUCACAUCUGUUUUAAUAUUAGGAAAAGAUGCCUUAAACAGUUAAGGGAAUAUAUAGAUGAUUUAUAUUAUGUUAUUUUCAGUGAUAUUGAUAGCACUAAGGUGAUAGAUAAAGGACUCGCGUCCCACACAAAAUUGGAACAAUACAAUAAUACACUAUUGAUAAUUAGUUUGUAAUGUACCGUUCGUGGCAAUUUUCUAAUUAACAUAAAGAGUAUAAUUUAUUUAAAUAAAAAUAUAAUAUGUAUUAGAAAUUUUAGAUUUACUCAACCUUAAACUUAGUGCAAAUUAUUGUGAAUCAAUUGAGAUAUAUGGGUUUUUAAUUAUGAUAUAGGAAGAGCAUAAAAUAUUGGAUGAAUUUAUUAAUUAAAAUAGUUAGACAAAUACAAAAUACGCUAAGAGUCGCCGAGGCUUGGUCUGUCAAACGCGCCCGCGCCGGCCCGCGCCGUGCAUUGUGCCCUCACUAGUAGCACUAAGGCGUAUACUGUAUCUUAAUCAUAAUGUCUAUGAAUAAUAUUUUAAUCAUGGCUUACUGUAGUACUGUUGUGUAGUUAACCUUUCGACUCUUGUUUGUAUUACUUUAUAUUAUAGUGUACGCGGUUUUUAUAUGUGUAUGUUUAUUCAGUAGUAUAUAAACUGUGUAAAAUGUAUUUUGGUAUAGCCGCACACCGCGCCGGACCGCCGGCCGCGGAUCAUUAAUAACUUAUUAUCGUAAUUGACUAAUUAUAUCCAACACCCCUAGUGUUAAAGUUAGAUUAGCAAUAAAUAUUUGUUUAAGUUCACCCACUACUCGACUUAAUAAAAUUAAAUAUUUUGCAUUUAAAGUGUCGGCCGCCGACAGUCGAUGUUACUGUAGUUUUUCUAAAGUUACUUUUAAAAUCAAUGCAGGUAUUAUUAAUAUAAAACCUCAUAUUUAUAUUAGAAUUAAAUAUAAAUGUAAUUAUUGACACAGAUUUAUCAUAAAUUGCACGGGCUUUACAAUUAAUUAUAACAUUAAUUAUAUUAAAAACUUAGGGCAAGUUGUUAUUUAUUUCUGUUUUAAUUAAAAAAUGAUGUUGAUUAUUUUUUAAACUAUAUUUUUUAUAGUGAAUUAAAGUACAUAAUUCUCGAUUGAUUAGAAUACAAAAUUGUUAGGUGAACUAUCGACUGAUGUACAAUAUUUAAAGUAAUGGUUACUUACGACAGUAUAUAAGUUUACUUUACGCCCGCUACGGGAUAUAUUAUACACGCAUGUAUUAAUUUCCUAAAAUGUAAUUAAUUGGAAGCGGCUCUCGUGUUGGCAGCGUGUGGGCCGACGUCCUGUAAGACUACCCUCGUAUCGCGGCUGGCACUAGAGUGCUCCGCUAGAGUAAGUUACUUUAUGUUCGUAUAUAAAAAGGAAAAUUAUGAUAGUACGCGACCUCCUUGUUGUUUCUUUUUACGAUCAUUAAUGAUAAUUAGUUAAUUACGGUUUUAAUGAUUAAUUUUAACUGAAGCACUAAAGUAAGGAACGCUUGUACGCGAUAAACUUAUUAAUGUAACAAAAGUGCUAAAAACACUUGUAGAAAUACUUAUUCAUAUUAGGUUUGGUAAAAUAAAAUUAG